CGUCCCCCUUUUCAUCUGCAUCAAAUCCACACAACACGAGUUGCAUCAUGGACUCACUGAGUUGCAUGAAGCGAGUCAGAGAAGACCCAGACGAGUCCGUCUCCUCCCAAGACGUGAAGCGACUCAAAGAAGACCUCUUCAACAUGCAAGACGAGUCGUACCCGAGUCACGGUCUCGACUCGUUCAUACAGAUCUUUGAAAACGAGAUUUCGGGGUUUUCUCCGGCACAGGAGAAAGUGGAAUAUUCCGGCGAGUCUCAGCCGGAACUCGGGUUUCUUCUAGAGGCUUCGGAUGAUGAACUGGGCUUACCACCCUCUACGUCUUUGGGAGAGAAAGUGGAGACUGAGUUGUUCCGAGUCACGUCUGACUCGUCGGAACUCAGUGAGUCAUGGGGGUCGGGUUAUGACUCGUUUGAUUUGGGUUAUGGGGAUGGUUUAUGUGAUUAUGGAUGUAGUAAUGAUAGUGGGGAGUUUGUGACGGUGGAUGGGUUAUUUGAUUAUUCAGACAUGGGUUUUGGGUCGGGUGAAAUUUUUUUGAAACCUAAAAUUUUACCAGCUCUGUAAUAGAUUGUUCUUAUUGAGCUGUGUUCUAUGU